AUGAACCCUGCUCACUUCUCUGGUCUUAACUCGACUGAGCCUACUGAGAAGAAGCCUGUCACUAAUUGUAACAACGAAGAGCCCGAGAAGCCUAUUUCCAAUGAAUAUCCUCAAGGCCCCCCUGCCUGGGGUGUUUCAUGCACUAUUGCAUAG